AUGAAUUUCAAUUUUUGCCCUAAAUUAAUUAUUAUCCUUCUUCAUACUUCAAAAUAUUUUAUAGGCUUGUCUGAUCAUCUCUAUCAUAGCAGGAUUCGAACAAAGUUUGGGAGAACAAGUGUCGCUGGGGAUCUGUAUAAAGACAGACUGAGUGACUUACCGGAAUGUAUUAUCCUUCAUAUUUUGUCGUUUUUGGGCACAAAACUUGCAGUUCGAACAUGUGUUUUGUCCACCAGAUGGAAACAUCUCUGGAAACGAAUUCCAACUCUUACGUUGAAUUCUUUUGAAUUUAGCACUUUGAAGAUAUUUUCUGUAUUCCUGUCUAAGAUUUUGUCACUCCGUGAUACCUCAACUGCACUGCAUGCAUUUGACCUUAGACGUGGUCGUAAUAUUGAGCCUCGACUGCUUAAAAAGUUUUUAAAAUGUGUUUCUUCCCAUAGCACCCAUCUCCAGCGAUUAGGAAUCUCUCUCAAUGGUGAUACCGGUCUCAUUUUGAAAUGUGUUUCUUCAUGCCGGGCUCUUACAUCUCUUAAGCUUUCACUUCGCUCUAAAUGGAGUGAUCCUACAGAAAUAUUAUUUCCAAAAUCUUUGAAUUUGCCUUUACUAACCAGCUUGGAUCUAGCACAUUUUGCCUUUUGCGGUGAUGAAAGUGGUUGUGCUGAGCCCUUUUUGGAGUUUACCAAGCUAAAUAGUUUGGUCAUUUAUGAUUGUAAGGUAAUCGAUGCACAAAUCCUCACCAUAUCAAGCGAGACACUUGUCAAUUUAACUAUGAAUUAUAAUUCAUCUCUCCUUGCCAAAAUCAAGCUAUAUGCUCCAAAUCUUUGUACCUUUGAUUAUACCGGUAGCCACCAUUUUCACGAAAUUAGUGGGAGCGGAUUUUCUUUGGUUAAAAAAGUAAAUAUCAAAUCACGGCGAUUUUCAGCUUCGAUGGAGGAUGCUUUGGUUCUAUUUAACUGGCUGCUAAACUUUGUCAAUAUAGAGUCAUUGACUGUCACUUCAACUGUUCUUCAGAUUCUCUCCUUAGUUCCUGAUUUAUUCGAGGUUAAGCUCCGUUCUUUGCAUAACUUGAAGUCAUUGAAAGUAAAACUGAUAGGAAUUCAGGAAGGAUCUUUAUUAGAAUUAAUAGAAGACGACAUGUUAAAGAAAGCUGCUGCCAAGUCUCCUGAAGAAGUUGCAAAGUUAAGAGAGGCAUUUGAAACAUGUUUGGAACCACCCGCCAUACCUGAUGGAAUAGUUGACUUCUUGCGACAGAAUUCUCCAUCGGCUGAAGUUAACAUCACAACAAAAUAUCCGAGUUCUUUUAAUUUGAAGCAGAUUGAAGAAUCUAUAAAGGGUGCGAAGAUUAACAAUUAUCGUUCGCGAUUCUCUGUGCCUUCCUCCUCCGGACUUCCGUGACUCUCUCUGCGCUGCCCAGUCUACUUCUGAUGCUGCUCCUGCUUCUGCCGCCGAGCCUGCCACUGCUGCAUCUCCCAAUCUUCAUCUCUGUCUCGGCGAAAUGGUAAUGGACAGUGGAGAUUUCUCAGUUAUAAUGCCUUCUCUGUGAAUGUACCUUUGUUGUAAGAUGUUAGAAAAGUGACUGAAAAUAUCAGUUUGACAGACUUUACUGAAAUGUGUUGUUUGAUUUCACAAGCAUUUGGUGGACACACCUAUAGGGUUAUAAUGCCUUCUCUGUGAAAGUGCUGUUUGAUUUGGU